AUGCCCUACAGUAGUCCAACACUGCAACUUUCGGCUCCAAAACAGCAUCACCAUCAACUCACGCUUCCUCUCUCUCUCACGUCACGUGACAGAAACAAAAAAAGAACCAAAAGAAAAAGAAUCAAAAAUUUCAUCACCACACCAUACCACACCAUCGGAACCAACUCUUCUUUCUACUCGCAAAUCUGUAAAUUUUUGCCUAGUACCGAUAGUAUGUGUCAGUCAUAGAUUACUACCAAGACAACGAUGAUGAUAGCUUUUUAUUUUUUACAUUUCAUACCGAUUAAGAGCUGAAAUUAUUGGUCAUUAUCACUUUAUCGUUUUGAUAAGGUCGACUGCUGGCAAUGAUAUGGUAUAUUAUAGUCAUAGUUACACUGACAAGUUGUCGUACUGUGGUUUUUUUUUUUGAAAAUCUGUUUAUGUUUUGAGGAUUACUAACUAGCUUGUUUUAGAAAAGUAA